AGCUUGCAUAUUACAUGCUUCCCUGCUACGUGUCCUUCCAUCUCACCAGCGCAAGAACUACUACCUCCCUUGAAUGAAUUAACAUUAAGUGUGUUUAGUGAACUAACCUGCAACAUUUAAUGCCGUCCCAACGUUUCUGAGGCGGUCCUCGGUCUAGUCAUGUUUUGUAGUUCCUGGUCGCUGGUGUACUAGAAGUAUGACAUAGUGCUUUUACGCGAGGACAGUAUGAAAAUUUUAGUCUCCUGGUUUUCCCUAUCCCUUAUUACUACGUGAAACAAAUGAGAUAAGUUGUAGCUGCAGUAGGGAUCUCGAUAAAGUCGAAAUCAAGAUAGUAUCAAGGCGACCAGCAGCAACAUGGAGUCCUCGGAGGAGGAAGCCGAAUCCUCGGUCCUUGAGUCAGCCGCCGGAUCGGGACAUCAUCAUCAUGACCCCGUCGUGCUGGAGGCAGCCGCUGUCGCGGGGUAUCAGUAUCAGUAUUACGACCCCGCAGAACAACUUGCAGCCGCCGGCGCGGGGUACAACUAUCAGCCUCAGUAUUUUUACGACCCCGUGAAUCAUCAACAAGCAGCCGCCGGUGCGGGGUACUACAACAACUUCUAUGAGUAUCAAAAUCACACCCCUGGAGGUGCACCGGAGCAAAUAUCCGCCGGCGCGGGGUAUGGGCGGAACCGCAAGGAAAAUCACAACGAGCGGAUCACGAACCGUGUCUGUUGCCUCGACGACAGCUUCCCCUUUGGGCGAUGCGGCUGCGACAAGCGCAAGCAACCUGUGCCGUCGCACAAGUGCUGCUGCGCCCCGUGCGUCUUUUUGAACUACGAGGGCUGCACGGUGCUAACCUUCUGCGCCUUCACUCCCUUCUUCUACUUUUGCAGCAUGUGCUACGGCGCCUGCUGCUACAAGGCGCCGCUGUUCGGUAUCGACUACUGGCCUACGGGCGGGUACUACAACGACUUAGUGGGCGGCGGUGGGGUGCUCGGGGCGCCGGUAGUCGUGGAAAGAGACCCAAGCAAGAGACUGUUGCAAGCGUCAGUGAGGCAUAAUCAGGAUCAUGGUACUAGUACGUAUGGGACUACGAGUACCAUAAUAGGAUCACCUGGACCAACGCCAAGACCAACCGGCGCCGCGACUAGCAUGAGAGAGACCAACAUGGGCGUAGUAUCAACUCCUGGUGUUAGUAUAAUUUCGAGGGCGACCGGAGUAGGAUCUCCUGGUCAACAACAACAUCUGCAAGGAACUACUGCACCAAGGCCUUCUGCCGCACAACAGAUCGGAAACAGAGGAACUAUGGCCUUCGGAGCUGGUGGAGCAAGUACAACUACAGCUCCACGUGCGAAAGGACCGCAGCGACUCACCGUAGUGAACUUCGCCCACGGACCCUAUGCCAACGAGCUUCUGCAGGGGAACAAUAGAGGGUUGGUGAAUAUGAAGACUGUACAACCUGGUGGCAGCUCUCCUUCGCAACAACUUCCGAAAGCGAAAAGUACAACGGUAGUUAGCUUCUCCCAUAUCAAAUGCAAAAAUGUCUGGGUCUGGAAGAGUGCGCGAUUUGUCAUGCAGCUUUUCCCUGACCCAUGAGAUCUGGAAUGGAGGACCUAGCAUGACAGAUUCUGCGCGAUCUCUCUCAUGCCUAUCCUGCAUGAGAUACUCCCUCCCGACUUGAUCAAAACUGGACGACUUUUGGUAAUCAUGCAACACAGAUUUUUGCAUGAUUCAGAUUUAGCAUGACAAGUUGCAUUCUUCCAGACCCAGACAUUUUUACAUUUGAUAUCCCACGGCCCUCCGCAAAAACUCACGGACCGGGAGCUGCUGUUCUCUAGCGACUCCGUAUCAAAAGGAAAAAUCCCCCCUCCCCAUAUCGAAACCGAAAUUUGUGAUGCUGUAUCUGAGUACACAAAUCAGCUCUGUAUUGCAGUAAGGCACUGCAGGUAAAGCCUAAGCCUGCGUAGGGGUGAUUUGGUGUAGGUGCUUAGCAUAGCAAAUGCCUGCCAUGUAGGCGCAACAGCAUUGCAAAUCGCUUGCAUAAGACGGCACACUCUUUGGGUUUGCUCUCCUGCAAGAGAGACAGGAUUUGUGGCCUCAAAUCAGCAUCACAAAUUUUUAGAAGCAUACCCUUUCAGUAUGGGGAGGGGGGAUUUUUCCUCACAAUACUCCGACCGGGAGCACCAUAAUUACAACAACGCGUAUAGAAAUUUCGGACAGCCACAGCUACGAGGUGCUGGAAUGGCCGGUGUCCAACGAACCCAAACCGCACCGCAACUAGGAACAACUACUGCAAAUAGAAAACGCUCGAGUGAGGACCCUCACCAACAACUCUACCCCUCCGCCCUCCCGCUCUACGCGCAGGGCGAUCGCAUCCAGAGUUCGCAGCUUCUGUCCAGUUUUGAACCGAGUAUGGGGAGUUAUUUGGAGAGGCAGCAACCAGCGUACUUUUCCGCGCGAGGUGGUAAUAAUGCAGGGAUGUUGGGGGGCAACAAGAGUGCUGGGCAGCAAGUAGGGCAAGGGCAACAUCAAAAUAGUACAAUUGUGAUUGAUCGCUAUCAAAUGCAAAAAUGUCUGAGUCUGGAAGAAUGCAAGAGUGUCAUGCUUGUCUGGCAUGCCUCGAGAAUCUGUGUUGCAUAGGCACGAAAAAGUCCUCUUACCUGUCAUGCAAAAACGCAGUUUGCCAUGCGGAAUACGUAAGACAUGGCAGCCAAAAAAUUUGUCAUGCGUAGCUGCGUACUGCAGUGCGUCUAUCAUUCACUUUUAGCAUUACAAGUUUCCAGACCCAGGCAUUUUUGCAAUCCAUAAUCGCUCAGACACGACAAAUUCCUCCAACCGGAGUCGCGCGACCGCACAGCUGCACCAGAUGUUACAACAAAAUAGCAGCAGCAGCAAUCCAAACUAUCCCUCCCAAGUGCAAAGUUACAACAACAUCAACAACGCUUCUGGCUCUGCUGUUGUUACUAGUAACAAAUCUAGUGGACACGUGUCGCCCAUCAUGAGCACAGGAGCAUCGCCCAUCAUCCCCAUUCCCGGCGCGCGGCUACAGGAUUCGCGGCGGCACUCGAUGGCGCGGCAGGAAAUCUUGACAGGGUCGGCCGGGAAAAGGGAUUUUAGGAUACGCGAAGAGGGGGACACUUCGGAAACAUCGACGAGUUCUGAUGAGUCCUUCGUUAGCAAACGGGAGGCGCAGGAUCGGCAGGGUGAGGAGAAGUCGUAGGACAGAAAGAGGCCGGAUCAUAUUAUUUCUUCGGAAAAAUCUUGUUUUCCCCUUGAAGAAGAUAUUUUUCUCUUUGAGUGCUUUAUUCGCUUAUAGUUACCCCAAUAUCAACUCCCACACACGCUCAUCCCGAAACCCAAAAAAUGUUCGUAUAAUUCCCUCUCACCUCUAUCCCCCAAUCGAUUUUUUCGAAUUCACGUCCUUUUAUCAGGACCCGCCCAGUCGGGCUGUGUUUUUCGAUUUUUUCCACAUAAGUGCUAUACCAUAUUACCAAAGCCACUGUGUAUCGUUCAGAAGUACAACUAUCCCGAAGAACACGGGGGUAUCAGCCUGUGGCCCGUGAUUUAAG